CAAAGCUCAAGAGUUAGUAUAAUUCGUUAGAAAGCAUUCGAAAAAUAAUAUUUCUUAAACAAAUUAAAAAUGCGGGUUUUAAUUUUUCUGGUUAUUGGAUAUCUGUCGAUUUCAAAAGCUUAUGUUUUGGAAUCAAAUUUUCUUGAACCUAGAAUAAUUAAUGGUACAGAGGCUAAGAAAGGAGAGUUUCCUUAUUUGGUUUCUCUGCAAAGUCGUUAUUUCAAUGAUCACAUUUGCGGAGGAUCUAUUAUAAGCAGUCGAUAUGUAUUAACUGCUGCUCAUUGUGUCAUUUUACAGAGUUCAAGAACAUUGAAAGUUGUGGCAGGUUCAUUAAAACUAAAUGAACCAAAAUCAAUUCAUUAUGUUGAUAGAAUAUAUUUUCAUAAGAAAGUUCAAUAUAAAAGCAAGUCUUGGCAAAAUGAUAUUGCUUUAGUCAGGGUAAUAGAAAGGUUUGUUACAAGUAAAACGAUAAAACCAAUAACCCUACCGAGUGCAAAAAUGGUUAUAAAAAAGAAUCAAAAAGCUGUUAUUUCCGGAUGGGGUCCUCUAAAUCUUUCAGGUCGUAACUCAAAUACUUUACAAAAAGCUAACAUUUUUAUAACUGAGCAAAGCUUGUGCGUAAAUAAGUAUAAGAAAGAAAAUCUGACAAUUUAUGAUUCCCAAAUCUGCGCUUAUGACCCAAAUGUUCAAAGGGGAGCAUGUUUGGGAGAUGCUGGUGGUCCUUUAACUAUAAAUGGAGUUCUUGUAGGUAUUGCCUCAUGGGGACAUAAUUGUGCACAAACAGAUUAUCCUUCAGUUUAUACCAGAGUUACUAAAUAUCUCAGUUGGAUUAAGGCAAAUUCUUAAAUUAGUAAAAAUAAUAUUUGUUCUUUAAAUUUUUAGGAUUUUUGGCUACAUUGUACGUCACGUGACAAUUAAAAUCGUGUAAUGUUAAACUUA